AUGUCAGCAAGCGCCGCCCGAGGCUCAACGUCCCUGCUCAAGCGCGCCUGGAACGAGAUACCCGACAUUGUUGGCGGCUCGGUAUUGGCUCUUACAGGCAUCGUCAUGGCUGGCAUUGGUCUCGCCAACUACUACGCCAAGGAUGGCGACAAUCGACUCUACAAAACGGGCUAUGUGGUCUUCCGUCACGAUGAUCCUCGUGCCAAGAAGGUGCGCAACGACGAGGACGACUAA